CCCGGUCCUAACAUCUACGGCUUUGAAAUGACAGAAAAUCACACUCACCGACGUUCAUCUUCGGGUCAUUCUCACACCGCUCGCUCUACUUCACCGCCGUCUCAAACCUUUCAUCCUUCAAUUCUCCCGAGAUCCGUGCCUACACCUUGCCUUGUGGAAUCUGUGGCCAGCGCAGCUCACUAUUCUGGUGCACGGGUCGACGCAGACACUACUAAUCAUCGACGGUCCAAUAGUGACAGGCGUUCGAGCAGUCACCUCAACGUACAAGAAGAUCACCGCAAAGUAAUGAAGGAUUUGAAGGAAUUGUACGAAUGUCGAACAACUGUCGAGCUUCUAAAGUCAUCCUGGCACGAGCAAGCUAUUUUCGAGGACCCUCUGGUGAGUUGCAAAGGGUACGAUGAGUACGCUGCUCAGUGGUUUGGCUUGCCCAAAUUAUUCUCCAAGUCGGAAACGUUAUCUACCCGGAUUAUGUCUUCCACAAAUUCUCCGAAUCGACUCAUAUACUCUCAGAAGCAAGAAUAUACAUUCCGAUAUCUCGGUAACAAGAAGGUGGUCAACUCGAUUAUCACCGUAGAUCUGGACGAGUCGAACCGAAUAAUCCGUCUGGUCGAACAAUGGGACGGGAAGGAUCUUCCAACUAGAUUUGGUAGCGGUUUCUUACGGAGAGCAAACGCUAAAGUAACACCGUGGAUAGUGAGAAUUCCCAAGAAUUGAACGAUGAAUUGGCGUUUAUUCCCAGCGAAUGAUAACUUACCUAUGUGGGGAGUCAAAUUACAUGCAACCUGUCAACGACAUAUUAUCUACUUUGUAUUUUUAUGACUCUACUGUACCUAUCUUUUUACGUCCAACAGAGUCGAUGACUGUCAAAUCGACUAGGUUGUAGCCUUUUUUAAUGUUGUACCUUCUAUCCUGUAUCAGAACUGUCCGUUAUGCGUUACAGGCUCAAUUUAGGCCACGGAAAUGGC